AGUGUGGAGGUUCUGGUCACUGGGCCCGCGAUCCUGUGUGUCCUUUAGCUGGAAAGAAGGGCAACAAUCGCGGUAAGAAUGCUGGCAACAACAACAAGCCCAAGGGCAACAAGAAGGAGGACACAAACUGGAAGAAGAUUGCCCCUGGCCCUGGUGAGCCCCAACAGAAGGUUGUCAAUGGAAAGACUUGGAAGUAUUGUGCUCAUUGCACUCGUUGGUCUACUACCCACGGCACGGAUGGGCAUACUGGUCCAAAGAAGGAGUUGAUAAGUGAGCCGCAAGCUAACUUGUUCAUGUUUCCGCAGGCUUGGCACGUACCUUCAAUGGAAACGCCGUUGGCUCUUUGGAAUGUCUUCCAAUACUUGAUGCGCCGCGCCCUUCGGAACAUUCCCUUGUUGAUUAUUGUGUCCUUCUUGAGUUUCAAACUUGGAGCCCAGUGGUCGGUUUUGAAGCCUCUUCUCGCUCAGAUCCCGCCAAUGUUGUCCUUUGGAUGGUCAGCUGUCUACACAGCUUUCAGUGCGUCUUGGUUGAACAUGUUUGCCCCGCUGCUGUGGACUAGUUUGUUGGUAUUCGGGACCUUACCCCAUCACCUUCAGCACCAGCUCCUCGGAUACCAGUCGCCACAGGAGUUCAAGCCCUUCCGAAUGACAAAACCGAAGUACAAGCAAUUCAUUCGGUCCUGCCGUCGCAAACGUCGCCCCAAGUCCUUCAGCAACCAUCGCCACACCCGUCACUAUGGCCUUGCUACUCGAAAACGCCGUCCAUUGUCUCAGCGACAUGAUCGCUUCUCUCAAGAAGUCUUUGAACUCUCUCAGUACAUUGACGCCUUUGGCAAAGCUAUUUCGUUUCGUCGUGUUCCACGAGAGGGAGAUAUUUGGAGUGCCCUUCAUGAGGGAGAUAAUUGGAAUGAUUGGAAGAACAAGAGUCGUAAGAAGAAGACAAAUAGUGCAACAUGGCAGGAUUGUGGUGGCCACCAUAGAGACGACCCGAACUCAACGCACCCUUCAGCCCACUGUCCCCGUUGCAAGCCCAAGAAGUAUCGCAAUCAACCCAAUGGUGCAUGGGAAACUUCGGGACACUGGAACAAGUAUUCUUGUUGGACCUACUACAAUCCAAACAAAAGAGCAUCUGCUAAUGAUUGGAGCCCUCACAGUGAGGCAUUUAGUUCCUGCAACAUCAGACGACAAAGGAUGAGACGUUGUAAUCAAAGGAACACAGUGUACAAGCCAACAAUUGGCAAUGGAAUUCCCAUGUCGCAGCUCAAGGUGCUUACCUCUCCGAUUGCAGCUACAUUCUUUGCCAAUGGUAAUGUCCCGCCGCACUUGAACAACAUUACGGAACGUUUCAAGGCUGCAAUAGAUCCAAAGCAAGCCAUUGAAGAAUAUCAGAAGCUUCACAGAGUGCGGAAGAACAAGGUGAUCUGGGACUCCGGUGCGAGUCAUUCUCUUUCUCCAUGCAAGAGGGAUUUCAUUGGACCCAUUCAACCAGCUCCGAUUGGACUACGAAUCAAAGGGAUUGCAAGAGGACUGCAUAUUGCCGGUGUUGGGUAUGUGAGAUGGUCAUUCAUUGACAAGACCGGACGAUUGAGAACUCUGAAAGUGCCAGCAUACUACGUACCAAGUGCUUCCGUUCGACUUCUCAGCACCACCAGUCUGCUCCAAGCCUAUCCACUGGAACAAAUCUCGCAAUCAAGCACACUAUUGACAAUGAUUGGAACCAAGGAUUUGCUGUCAAGGGACAAUGUGAGACAAGAUGAAGCUACCAACUCAAUUGAAGUUGCAAUUGACCCAGCAACAAACCUACCUACCUCUCUUGCCUACGAUCAUGGCUCCAACUCCAACUCCACAAACUUUGAAGCCGAAUUCAACAACUUUCUGACAACAUUGCCACUCUGUGCAGGAUGUCAAUUUGGCAAGCAACGUCGUCGUCCAGCUCCUGGAAAGACCUCAAGGGUGGUCCGCGAUCGUGAGGGAGCCCUGAAGAAAGACAACUUGUUCCCAGGACAGAAAGUGUCAGUGGAUCAUUUUGUUUGUUCAACAAAAGGACGAUUGCUACAUACCUUUGGAAAGGAAGAUGAUUCACUUCGAUUCUCAGGUGGAUGCAUCUUUGUGGAUCAUGCCUCCGGUUUCGUCCACGUCCAUCAUCAGGUUCAUCUCAACACUCAUGAAACUUUGCAAGGCAAGGAAGCUUUCGAAAACAAGUGUCGAGAGUUUGGAGUUAUUGUGUCAGAGUACCAGAGUGACAAUGGUGGAGCUUUCACAUCAAGGGCAUACACUGAGCACUUACGACAGUUUGAACAGGUUUCUUCGCUUGCAGGAGUCGGAGCUCAUCAUCACAAUGGAAUCGCCGAACGAUCCAUCCAAACGAUUAUGUCCAUUGCGCGAACAAUGAUGUUGCAUCAAGCCAUCCAUUGGCCUGAUGUUGCUGCUGCCAACUGUUGGCCCCUUGCCGUGGAUCAAGCUGUCUUCUUGUACAACCACAUGCCAAAUCCAACCACAGGUCUAUCUCCGAAUGAUCUCAUCAGUCGCACCCGCUGGCCUCAAUCUCGACUCGCCGAUGUUCAUGUUUGGGGAUGCCCAGUAUACGUUCUUGAAAAGAAGAUCCAGGAUGGACAAAAGCUGCCUCGGUGGCAACCCCGCUCAACUCGGCAAAUCUAUGUUGGAUUGAGCAAGAAGCACGCAUCGUCAGUUCCAUUGUGUUUGAAUCCAGCAACUGGCGCCAUCACAUCCCAAUUCCACAUUGUGUUUGAUGACGAGUUCUCAACAAUUGCCACGAGUGUCGACGACUUACCGGAUUUUGGUUCUAAUGAAUGGAUGAAGCUCUUUGGAGACUCGAUCUACCAAUACAUCUUGGAUGAUGAUGAUGAUCAUGAACCUCCAGUUGACCAAGCUCCGUCCGACCUUCCGCCACUAGUGUCUCGCGUCCGAGACCAAAUUGAACAUCAUCGCCCUUCUGAACCAUUGGACGUCAAGCCCCCACCUACUACCAUGCCACCAACUGUCGGAUUGUCAAAUCAGCAACCUUCGCUCCAGAGGGAAAUUCCACUAUCUUCGCUCCAGAAGGAGACUCCCCUACCUUCACUCCUGAGGGAGACUGUGAAUGAGGCUCCGCCUUCCCAGCCGUCUGCGCCUCAGAGGGAGAUGAAUGCGACUCCAAAGGAGAUGCCACAGCCCCCUACACGUCCAAAACCAGCUCCACAGCCAAAAACAAAACCAGCUCCACAGCCUACUUCUGCUCUUAAGCCUUCCGCUUCCCUACCACCUCGCCGUUCCAAACGUUCCACUGCCGGAAAAGCUCCCAAUCGACUCAUUGAAUCCCAAGGACACUUUGCUUCUGCCAACAACGACAACGGAUACUUCACUGCUUUCUUCAACACUUUCAAUACCGAAUGGAUUGAGACUCCAGAGAGUCUUUUCUCUUAUCCAUCUGCGUACAAAGUCCGAGCCGUCAAGGAUCCUGACACUCUGUCAUACAACGAGGCAAUCAAGUCGAAUGACAAGGAUAAGUGGUGUGAAGCUGCAAAGAAAGAAAUUGAAGAGCUCGAAGGAAAACUCACCUGGAAAGAAGUCCCAAUGUCGGACGCCAAAUCCAAGAUCAUUCCUGGAACCUGGGUGUUUCGAGUCAAACGUAACCCAAGUGGUGAAAUUAAGAAGCACAAGGCAAGAUAUUGUGUGAGAGGAGAUCUCGAGAACAGACCUGCUGACGAAGACACCUUUGCACCUACCGUUGCCUGGAGUACUGUUCGCAUGUUUCUUGUUCUCUGCAUGAUACUUGGAUGGACCACCGUUUCUGUGGACUUCAGCAACGCCUUUGUUCAAUCCAAGCUUCCAACUCCUAAGUGGAUCCAUCUGCCACGCGGAUUCGUAUCACCUCAAGGUCCUGGCACUUGUCUAAGACUUCAGAGAUCAUUAUAUGGACUUUCUUCAAGCCCCCAUUUCUGGUCAGAGACGUGCAAGAAAGGUCUAGAGAAGUGUGGACUCAAGCAAUCGAAAAUUGACCCUUGUCUGUUUUACAAACCUGGAAUGAUGGUGGUCCUGUACGUUGAUGAUGCAGGAAUUGGUGCCGCUGAUCCCCAAGACGUUGAUCGCUUAAUCGACCAACUACGCGACCUUGGAUUUGAGCUGAAGAAGGAAGGAAAUUUCAAUGAGUUUCUUGGAAUCAAAUUUGACAAACGAGAUGAUGGUUCAAUCGAACUUACCCAAACUGGUUUGAUUGACAAGAUUCUUGUUGCCGCUGGAAUGACCGAUUGCAAGCCGAAUCGCACCCCAGCCACUGGCCCUCUUGGAUCCGAUCCUGAGGGAGAACCUAUGAAUGAAGAGUGGAAUUACCGAUCCAUUGUUGGAAUGUUGUUGUACCUAUCGACAAAUACAAGACCGGACAUCAGUUUUGCAGUGAGUCAAGUGGCCCGUUUUAGUUCCAAUCCAAAGCAAUCACACGCAACUGCAGUCAAGACAAUUCUACGUUACCUGAAGCGCACCCGUGACAAGGGUACCAUUGUCAAAAUUGAUAGAAAGCUUACCUUGGAUAUGUUUGUUGACGCUGAUUUUUGUGGACUUUUCAAAGUUGAACCUGAUGCUGACCCAACCUCUGUCAGAUCUCGCACUGGAUUCGUCAUCAAGCUGGCUGGUUGUCCCGUUACUUGGAGAUCCUCUCUACAGACAAGUAUCGCAUCCUCUACACUCGAAGCUGAAUACACCGCUCUUUCUGAUGCCUUGAAGACUCUGAUCCCACUGAAGCGAAUGCUCGUCGAAGCUACCUCAAAGGUAAAUGUCUCCGAUCCAAUGGUUGCCACCAUUCGAGCUCGAGCCUUCGAAGACAAUCAAGGCUGCUACUUCCUUGCAACCAAUCAACGCAUCACUUCCCGAACCCGCUGGUACCUCAACAAGUUCCACUGGUUCUGGCAAUACGUCUCCAAAGAUGGCAUUGCUGGCGACUCCGUUGCCGUGGAGGAAAUCAAAACAUCACUUCAAGAUGCUGAUUACCUCACCAAGGCUCUAUCACCUGAACCAUACGAAGCCAACCGCUUCCGCGUUCAAGGUUGGUAG